CUCGGUAGAAAGGGCAAUCUGGCGCGGUGGUCCACCACCUGCUCGUUCCCGGCGGAUACACGGGCGCGACUCACGCGCCGAGUCAGACGACACGAGCGUGGUUUGUAGGCAGCAUCAUUGGUGAAAAGACAGGUUCUCGAUCAACAACCUCGUCACCAUGGCCGCUGCCCGCCCCCGGAUCAUCCUCUUUGAUGGCGAGAUCCCGCAAGAGUCGACGCCGCAAGCCAACUUUAUUGAGAUGCAGCAGCAUCAGAAGGCCAACACGCACGGUCUGCUCUACGACGCGAACCGGGACCACCGAGCCAUGUCGGUGCCGCGGCCGCCGCCCAACACGCACUUUGCGCAGCCUGCGCACCGGACGCCGACACCAGCGCGCAAGCCGCCGACGUACAACCCGAGCGACUAUGGCUUUGCGGCCAAGAUGCGCAGUCCGACAGCCAUGUUCAUCGGUGCGGUCGUCGGCGCAAUCGUCGGCGGCGUCCUCGCCAACUACAAGGCGCUCAACGGCGACAACAUUUCACCAGUCGCCGCGCAGUGGGUCUCGCUCGUCGGGUCGCUCUUCUACCGCGCCAUGACGUGCAUCGUCAUUCCGCUCGUGCUCUCGUCCAUGGCGCUCAGUGUCUCCGAGAUGCUGCGUAUCGGGAAGGGCACGGCGAUCUCGUGGCGCGUCGCAUUGUACUUUUUCCUGACCAAGGUGCUCGCGGCGACGACCGGGCUCUUGAUUGCGCUGGCAUUUGCGUCUCAGUUUCAGAACAUUGACGAAUCGCACCGGCAGCGCGACAUUACGUCGGACGCCAAGAUGUGGCUGCGCUGCGGCAGCCUUCCGUCCGACGACAAGUUUAUGACGCUCUCAACCAACGGCACCAUCACAUGCGAGAGCCGGGACCCUUUGGACGCCCGCGCGAUGGCCAACUCGUCCUUUGUCAUGCGCGAUACCAACAACGUCUUUGUGAAGAACGCCGACAUUGGCGCGAUGCCCAAGCGGACGUUUGCCCAGGCAGUGAUUGACAUCUCCAACGACAUUGUGCCCGACAAUGUCGUCAAGGCCAUGGUGUCGACCAACGUCCUCUCGGUGGCGAUGUUUGGGCUCCUCUUUGGCGCCGCCGUGUGCAAGAAUUACCGUCAAAACUCGACCGGUACGCAUUACGUCAUGGACAUUCUGCGCCAAGUCAACCACGUGUGCACGGUGCUUGUGCACUGGCUGCUCGUGCUCGCCCCGAUCGGCGUCGCGUCCUUGGUGGCGGGCGUCGCGGCCGCCAAGCAGCCCAUCGUUGGCGACGGACGCGCAUUCUUUGCGCAAACGUACGCGUUCAUGCUGACGCUGGGCAUUGCGAUCGUCGUGUACACGUGCAUGCUGUUGCCGCUCUUUUUAGCGCUCUUGGCGCGCAUCAACCCGUACCCGUACCUGCUCAAGAUGUUUCCCGCGCAGCUGUUUGCAUUUUGCACGGCCUCGAGCGCCGCGACGCUGCCCGUGUGCAUGCGCUGCGUCGAGGGCACGAAAGAAGUGAGCCAGUCGCUCUCGCGCUUUGUCAUUACGCUCGGCGCGCCGCUCAACAAGGACGGCGCCGCGAUUUACCUCUCGGUCGGCAUUGUGUUUUUGGCCAAUAGCGCCGGCGCCACGCUCUCGGGCCUCGACCUCUUCUUGACCAUUGUGCUGAGUCUUGUCGGCUCGAUGGCUGUCGCGCCCGUGCCCGGUGGCUGCCCCGCCGUGCUCUACUGCAUUUGGACGUCGCUCACAUCGGUGAACUCCAACCAAGUGCCCGGCGCGCUUCAGACGCUCCUCCUCCUCGAUUGGUUUGUCGAUCGGUUCACGGCCGCGGUCAACGUCACGGGCGACACGGUCGUCGCCCGCGUCAUCGCCAAGCAGAUUGACGAGCAAGGCGUCGACGAGCAGACUGCCGACUACUAAUGUAUGUGAAUCCAACACCUUGAUUAUAUGAGUCCGA